AUGUUUGAAGAAUUAUUAAAUAAUAGUAACAAUUUAAUAGAAUUAUUGAAAGUUCAAAAGAAACAAAUUGAAUCAUUAAAAGUUCAAGAGGAACUAAUUGACUUAUUAGAAGUUCAAGAGAAAA